UUAUCUCCCAUGUAAUAGUGGGUGUGAAGGAGGAUGACGAUUAAAAUCGUCUAAAUUCAAGUAAAAAGAAUGUCAAACUUUAUUUCAUAUCUAACCAGAAAUGAAACUGAACGGGGUAAAGAGAUGUUAGUACGAUCAGCAUUUGCGACAUUCAAGUCCUACAUUGACGAGGAUGAGGACAACGAAAAAGACGACAUGAAGGAAAGAGCCUCGUCAUUCUUCCAGACAGAUCUGUCUCCAAGACUUCUUGCUGGAGAAUGCAAGAUAGCUGAGGCCGACAAGACAUUAAGUUUUAGUGCCUUUACUGACAGGAAGUCUGGCGUCUCAGGGAAACUGUUUGUCACUAACUUCAAGGUUUCAUUUGUCACUGAGGAUAGAUCAUCAUAUGAAGGGUCAAACAGAAGACAAAGGAAUUUGUUGAUGGGUGAUUUUGACAUUCCACUAACUUCAAUAGAUACUGUUUAUCAAGAAAUAGACAAUGAUCCAUCACCAAAGAUGAUAUCUGGAGGAAGGAGAAGAAAGUUAUCCCCAGGAACAACUGUCAGUUCUUAUACAAAGUAUAUAGAGAUACAUUGUAAGAAUUUCAACGUUCAUGUUUUUGGAUUAAAGUUUACACCAAGAGACCAAAACAAAAUGAUAGUUAACACGAUAUUACACUAUGCAUACCCUACUAAGUCCUCACUGUUGUUUGCCUUUUAUUAUGGAAAAGAACAGCAACAUUUCAAUUUUGGCAGUUCUGUUGACACCCCCCUGUAUGAUAGUCCUACUGACUGGGAAAGGGAAAUAAAUCGAUGUAGAUGUUCCAAUAAAUGGUGGGUGACGGAUGUUAAUGCCAGUUACCAUAUGUCUACAAGUUUACCGGAAAGAUUUGUAGUUCCUUGUGGGUUGCUGAACUUUGACCUCCAGAAAGCUUCCUCACAUUUUGUAGACAGAAGAAUACCAACAUGGUGUUAUACACAUACCAAUGGUGUAAGUCUGGUUAGAAUGGCCAACCUAUUACCUCAGUCAGAUGUUGCUACAUUUGAAGAAAGGGAAUACACAUCCAAGAUGUUGUUAACAGCUGUACAAAUGGCAGACAACAAGGGUCCACCAGAAAUCAUUGACCUCAAUAAGUCAUGUCCAUCACUUAAAGAUUUACAGAAUAGCUAUGAAAAGUUAAAAGAAUUAUGUGUAAUAGAUUCAGAAAAGGACUUUUUAGUACAAGAUAUAAACUGGAUGUCAAGUUUGGAAAACUCUAAAUGGCUAUCAUUAGUAUCCCAGUGUAUGGCUGUUUCUAUUGAGACAAUGGAUCUUAUAGUCAAUAAACAAAAGACAGUUGUUAUUAAAGAAUUUGACAGCAGGAACUUUGCUUGCCUUGUGUCUAGUCUAUCUCAGAUUCUGAUGGACCCUAACUUCCGUACACAAGUGGGAUUCCAAUCACUGGUACAGAGAGAGUGGGUUAUGAUGGGACAUCCAUUUCAGAAACACAAUAACCUCAUACAGCAAGGCAACAAUGAAAGGGUACCAGUGUUUUUGUUAUUUUUGGACUGUGUUUGGCAAUUACUUCAACAAUUCCCAUCAUCCUUUGCGUUUACUGAGACAUAUCUGACUUCCGUGUGGGACAGUGUACAACUGGGACUUUUUGAAUCAUUCCUGUUUGAUAGUCCUCAUCAGAGGUCAAGGUUUAAUGUGGAGAACAGAGUGAUGCGUCAGUUCCGACUGCCACCUGUUUGGAGUUGGAAUGUCCAAUUUAGUCAAGACGAUCAAGCAGUGUUUAAUAAUCCGCUAUAUAUACUGAAAUGUAAAUCUCAAAUGAAUGGUCCUGUUAAAGACACAAUGUCUGACAAAAGUAGUAUGAAUGGCAGCCUGACUAGAAAUACUAGCUAUGUUUUUAAGUUGGGAAAAUAUUACGAUGACAUUAAUUCUGAUGUUUUUUCUGAUGAGCCUUCUCUUAUUUUAAAUCCAAUGAUCGGUGAAUCUGUGAUAAAACUAUGGAGCCAGUGUUACCUAAGAUGGCAGACGCCUGCUCAGAUAAUAGGGGGAGGUAACCCCGCACAGUAUUUCCAACAAUGUAUCAUGAUGGAAGAAAUAAUCCACCUCCAGCAUAGACUCUCGUCACUGAAUUCCAAGUGUCAUCAGCGUAGACCGAGUAGUAAUCUUAUUUUUAGUUCCGACAAACAGAAGGACCAACAAGAUAAUAUGUUGGACAGUACUUAUUUGACUUCAUCUUUUCCAUUUUCUUCGGGUCCGAGAGCACAAAACAAACCUUCGUUAAUUUUUACACCUAUAAGUGUCUACUUACAGAACAGUGCUAUUGACAAUGAUUACAGAGAUUCUGAAGAUUAAACAGAUUAUCUCCUCUUGAUUACAGAGAUUUUGAAGAUUGAAAUGUACUAAUUAUCUCCCCUUUCAUAGAUUUUAUUUGUUAGUGCUGUUCUAGCAACAACAAAAAAGUGUGAGAUAUGAUUUUAAAUUCAUUUGCAAUUUAUACAAAUCGGACAUAUUUUGAUAUUAUAAAGGGACAUCAUAUAUAAUUUCAACAUUUAUUACUUUCAAGAGUUAAUUCUGGGGUAUUCAAUUUUGUGAGACCUAAGUAUGUCAAAUUUAACUGAAAUUUGCAAAUUUAAGAGGUGAAAUACAGUUCAUCAAGAACUGAAAUCAUGUUAUUUUUUACCUUUAUUCUGUAAACCACUACUGAGAAAGAAUAGAUUUAUUUGAAGAUCGUAGAAUCUAACGAAAAGAGGGAGUACCCACAACUAUUUAAUUUUACAAUUAAUUGUAAUCCACAAAAUUAUCAGGUAAAGGAUUAAAGAAAAUGUUAUUUCAAAUUCAGUGAUCCAGUUUCUUUUUCUUUUUACAUCAUGAUGAUUUUGAUUAACCUAUAAAUUCCUAACAAAAUGAGCUGCCUUGCACAAACAUGAGCUUGAAAUUAUUUUUUUUUUAUAACAACUUCAAUUUUUGCAAAGAAUCCUGGAAUCAUGGAUAAAUAAGUGAGAAAUUCCAUCUUCACAGUUUUUUGGCUGAGUACUAAAUAUUGUACAUUUUCUACAGUCCAGGUCCUAUUCAUACAUUUAAAAAAAACCUAAAACCUCAAAUACAAGGAAGGUAUGAUUAAGCAGCUUUUUCUGUCUGGUACAUGUGUAUAAGAAUUUGUAUUUUGAAUUUUGUUUUACAGAUUGAUGAUAGGGGAUUCAAACUUGACUAAAUGCAAGAACUUCUAAAAAGUCUCAUUUUGAAAUCUUGUCAUUAAUAUUUCUGCUUACAUUUUGCAAUUUCAGGGGUUAAAAAAUGGUUCUUAUCAUACCUCAUCCAUUUUAGUCAAGAUGAAAACAAAGUCAUGAAAAACAUUCCAAAUAUUAUUUUUAUAUUUUUUAAUACAUGUUUCAAAAGAAUGAUUAAAAACGCACAAAUAGAUGAUACAAAAGAAUUAUAACUAAAUUAAAUCAAGCACUUAAUUGACUGGAUGAAUCUAGUUCAUGCUGUUUGUGUUUAGUUUGCCUGUAUUCCCUCCAGACAAUUCCAUAAAAUAAUGAAUUAGUUUGAAAUGUACAAAAUUAUAUAUUUGAUAUUAAUAUUGUUUGUUUAAAGGUUCAUUGUAACAUCAUAAACAUUUUGCAUCUUACAUUAAAGUGAACAUGUCAUGUAAUUAACUGAUCCUAAGAUUAUCAGUUGAUGUGAAUUAUGUUCAACAUGCAUACAUUUUUGUACAUGUAUACAGUUAUUUUUCUAAUUAAUUGUUCAAAGUUUGUAAUUUUUGUAGUGAAACAGCCUUGAUUUAUUCUAGUUAAACAUAGAAAAAGAUUGACUUAUUAUUGUGUCAUCAUUUGUAGUAACUUCAUUGUAUGGGAAUUUUAUUUAGAUGUUAAAGUCACAUAACAUGUAGGCAAGGACCUUUCCAUUCUGUUCAGCUUAGUCCAGUUGUAGAUCGUGUUUCCUUUACUCUCGGGGUUCAUCUUUUAUAAAAAGGAUUUAAAUUGCCAAUAUUAAAAAUUCUCUUCUUAAAUCUACUCAUGGGAUCUAUGUUAAACUAUAAAGGAUUUCUACGUUUUAGUGUAGUUAUGUAUUGUCCACAAUGGAUUCUACAAAACAGGUUUACCGGUAGUGUGAUGAUAAUGAAAAAUGGAUGUUAAAGAACACAAUAAUGCUGAUGAUUUUAAAAAAAUGGCAGGCUCAUAUCAGAAAAGGGAUUAUUAAACCUUCCAGCAACAGUUUGCUUGAAAUAACCCAACACCAUUUAUAUUCUACUUGCUAUCGUAAGUUGGGACUGUCUGAAACUAAAGUAGUUGAAUCAUUUGUUUUUAGAACUGAGCUAAUUUAUCAAUUUGAUAUUUGUUUCAGUUUAUGAUUGUUUUAGGUGCUAUACUAGUAUAUUAGUAGUCCUUAGUUAUAUUCGUGAAGAUUUAGUUUAUUUAAGUGUAUUCUGACCAGUAUUUUAUUUUGAGGAUGUGAUACCAGUAGCCGUGUUAUUCAAGAGUUCUGAUUAUAGUUCUUCUAAGACUAUUUUUCCAUUCAAAAUACGAAAUACAUAUGGACCCAUGGAAAAAAGAUAUUGUUGGGUAUUAUAUUUCUAUUUUAGACACCCCCUUAUGUAUGAACCAUAACAUUUAUGACAACUUUUCAGCAGACUUUUGGUUUAAGCUGUAUGAUAAGAUAGAGAUGUUAUGAGGUGUUAUGCAUUAUUAUUUAUACAAUGAAGAUGGUCACAUUUUAGAUGUAAGCACAUUGUUUAUUUUUAUUUAUAAUCAUGUACAUGUUUAUGAUAAAACAAUAAUAUAUUUUAUAUUUUGUUUCUGUUGAUCAGUUAUGUAUUCUCAUUUAAAGUUAAUUAUUUAUGUAAAAAAAUUAAGCCAUUUUUGUGGUAUGAUAAAUAA